UGGAUUGUCUACAGUUCAAGAAAAACGAUGAAGGCGUUCACAGGCUUACUGGGAAUGCUCCUUCUUGGAGCUAUUCUGGCUGAGGACAUUUCGAAGAAGCCAAGUCAGUCAAAGAAUAGGGCGGAAUGUACAAACUUUGCCGGGGAUUUGUACUAUAGAGUGCAGGAAUCCUUACCGGAGGAACAACACUUUGUGAUAUCACCCUUGGGAGUUUCCUCGCUGCUUGGAACGCUCCUGUUCGCCGUGGAUCAAACUUCUGCCAUCGAAAUCGCCAAUUUCCUAUAUCCGAAAUGUAGGAAUCCAGAUGAAGACAUCUCAAGUCCCUCGAUCCUUGAGCGACAGGGAUCUCGUCUUUCAAUGGCCACUGUUGCUUUGGUUCGAGAUGGAGUUGCUGUGGACAAAAAGUUCGAGAAUCAGGCUGCUGAGCUGGGCUCCUACGUGUUUAGGACAAACUUUUUGUCGUAUAGAAAUGAAUUCAAUGACUUUUUCACUAGCAAGACCAAUGAGAGGAGACUCUAUCCUAUGGACCCUGGACUUUUAACCGACCCACCAGGCCCAGAAAGCCGUCUCCUCUUCUACAAUGGUAUGCGGUACACAGGUCGAUUUGGACAGAAAUUCUCUUAUUUGAAUGGCAAACUGUUUGCACCAAGGGUCCAGGCACUACACGGCCAUAUUCCAGAGCUGAAAGCCCAGGUCCUGGGCCUUCCACUGCUCAAUACCACUUCGUGUCUGCUGAUCCUGCGACCCGAUAUAGGAGUCGAAUUAAAAAGUGUGGCGAUAAGACUUCGUACGGUGGAUGUGCGCCAGUUGCCCAGCCAACUGAACCCGACUACGAUGGACAUAACGCUGAAACAAAUGUUUGAAAAAAGUUAUAUAUUUUUGCGCGAACCUUUGAUGGAAGCAGGCAUAACAAGCGUUUUCAACGAAACCACUGCCGACUUGAGUGCCUUCAAUAAGGAAGUGCCAUUGGAUGACGCGCUGGUAGUAACUCUAAUCAGCCUGUUCGAAAACGGAAUUAAUACCGAUGAAGAGGACUCAAAUUAUGACAUUGAGAAAAUUGAGAAUUCAGUCGCAUAUCCAAAGUUCGAGGCUCUCAACAACUUUAUUUAUGCCAUUGUAGAUCCAGAGCGUGUCUAUUUAAUGGGCCGCCGUACUGAGUCAAAAUGGUAAAGCCCAGAAUCUGAGUUAAUAAACGGAAAGCCUUUUGUUUUAUUACAUAA